AUGCAAUAUAAUAAAGAGCAGCUCAUCAGCGCAUUGCGCACUCAUCGCAUAAAUACCAUCACCGAAUUGCGCAGCGCAGAAAGAGUUCUUACCCAACGGGAUCAUGUGGAAGUCACCGACCCACUGUCCGACGCCUGGGUGUACUACGUCAACUCAAACAACCUCCUCAGCGAGUUGAGAUUCCUCACGAGAAACUAUCCUUUUAGUUCUGAGUGUCUUGACGAAGCCAAAGCCCUAACGGUUAGCGAUCCUCAAAGCGCGCGGAGCUGGAACUACUGUUGGCUUGUUCUUUCCAAAUUGCAGGAACAGGACAUUGCGACAAACCCAGCGAUGUGGGGAGGAAAGACUCCGUCCCUGACAGAGAUCGAGCAGCUUUCAGAUGCAUGCACCGUGGAGUGGACCAAGGCCGCUCAGCAAAUGUUACGACACUGGGAGCGUCCUCCUAUAAAAUCGGAUGAAUAG